AUUUUUAAUUAGUUCUAUCCAAACAUUGCCCCUAAAAGUCUGCAAUGGAAAAGAAAGAAGUUGAAAAUCCAUUACUAGAACAAGCUGCAGAAUCUUCGCACCCGUCUAGUCGAAGCAACCCCUUAAUGAAGAGAAGAUACCGCUCCAGCAAGACCGUUCCCGACCAAGCCUCCCCUGCAGAGCAAAGCCGCUCUGCUUCACUUCAGCAUCCGAACGCUAUCGCUGAAAACAAGGUGGAUGUAAAGCUAGUCCUCAUGAUCUUGUUGUCAUACAUCACCGCAGGCGCCCUCUGCUUCUUUUUAGUUAGGUAUCAGAUCAAGGGAAACAAGACUAAUGGAGUUAUCGACUCCAUCUAUCUGUGCAUUGUCACCAUGACAACUGUUGGAUACGGGGACCUUGUGCCUGACAGCACCAUGUCAAAGAUGCUCGCUUGCAUCUUCGUGUUUGUGGGGAUGGCACUGGUUGGACUCCUCCUCAGCAAGGCGGUGGAUGACAUAGUUGAGAAUCAGGAGGUUUUCCUAGUCAGGGUGAUGCACUUGCGCGACAAAUGUGAUUCCGUUGAGAUGCUCAAGGAAGUUGAGACCAACAAGGUCAAGUACAAGUUCCUAACUCUCCUCUUUUCACUUGUGAUGUUCAUGGCCACUGGAACGCUGUUCUUGUAUCAGAAGGAGGGGUUGUUCUUCUUUGACGCGGUGUAUUGUGUCUGCUCCACCAUCACCACUCUCGGAUAUGGAGACAAGAGCUUCUCCACCCCUGAGGGCCGCGUGUUUGCUUCCUUUUGGAUACUGAUGAGCACCAUUUGCUUGGCUCAGUUCUUUUAUUCUUUGGCUGAACUUUACACUGAACGUCGUAGGAAAUUGCUGGUGGAAUGGGCGAUGUCUAGGAAGCUAACGGCUUCUGAUCUCGAGGCAGCAGAUUUGGAUCAUGACAAAGCUGUGAGUGCGGCGGAAUUUGUGGUGUAUAAACUCAAGGAAAUGGGGAAGAUCCGGGAGGAAGACGUUGCGAUGGUGAUGGAAUGGUUCAAAGUUCUUGAUGUUGAUCACUCGGGUUCACUUACGCAAACUGACUUAAGGAAUGCUGGAGCAUCCACUUCUUAGGAGCCCAACUUUGUUAGACACAUACAUUAUUUUGUUUCAUGGCUUCUUCUUCUUCUUACCACAACUUUGUAAGCUUUUAGAUGGUUUUGGUACAAGAAUGAUUUGAGUAUAGAUGGCUCGACGCCAAAAAUAGUGUUGUUUUCAGGAUUUAACAAGUUAAUAAGGAGUAUAGUCUGUAAUAUGUUACCAA